UUAACGGCCCUCUGUAAGACUGUAUCCCCUUCACUUCUUUUUUUUCUCAAACGUGCUCCUCCCUCAAGAACCCGAUUUCAUCGGCGGACGCUCUGAUUUACAGCCACCGGACGGCUAUGGUAUAUUUUCCGAGGACUUGAAGUGGAAGCUGACGAGUGAGAUUUGUUGUGGAGGAGAAGGGAAGUUAAGGACUGAGAGUGCAAAUGGCAAGCACGAAACUAAGCGCUCCUACCCUCCCGAAAUCGGGAGCAAUUUCUAAAGGCUACAACUUCGCCUCAAAUUGGGAACAGAAUGCUCCCCUAACGGAUCAGCAACAAGCAGCAAUUCUAACGCUGUCUCAUGCGGUUGCGGAACGACCCUUUCCGCCCAAUCAUGCACUAGACCAUGUCUCCCACCCCGAUAAAGCCUUGUUCGUUUCCGUUUCCGUUUCCGAUGAGGACACCCCUAUCCAAGAUUCUGGUCCUGUUAUCCAACCUUUCUUGGUCAAUACAAACCAGCACCUUUGGGGGCUUUUGGCCGAUUCAUGCUCUGUGGCUUCUCGGGCAGAGUCUUGGCAUUGUGUGGUUAACAUCAAUCCUCGUUCUUUAAGGAUUUGUACUAUGCUUCUCAUUUUAUAAUGUCACCAUUGCUUCAACAAGGAGAAAGCAGCCAAGAUCUUUAAGAGUAUAUUGUUUAAUAGGGAGUCGGGACAACUUGCCUCAAUUUGAUUCCGUUAAAUUUUAAUCAUUCCUCUUCUUUUGGUCCCUAACGAGCGUUUGACAGAAGUUCUAUUGAUUUAUUGUUUGGUUCCGUGGUAACUGAGCUUUACAUCUAUAAUUUUUGCUUUGCAUCAUUUGCCUUUUCUUUAUGUUGCAGUUUUACAAAUGGUUUACUGGUCUUGAGUCGGCUAUGAAGUCAGAGGUUAGUUAUGACUAAUUGAUAAUAAAUGGCACACUGUUUGUACUCGCAACAGUUGUAUGGCCCCCUACUUUUUGUUGUCUUCUAUUUCUCUUGUUAGUUUAUUGAGAAGUUAGUAUUGUUGACCAAGAAGAGAAUUUGGGUUUGAUUUCGAAAUUAAGUGUAAUGGAGUGGUUUUACCCUAUAAUUUUUGGUGUUUCCUUGUGAACGCAACUCAUGGUUUCCAGUAGAGCGAGACGUUUGAAGUUGGAACUUGAAAUCAAGGCUAAGCAAAAUGAGGGGCUGGGGUAUUGAACAUUUGUCAUUAUUUAUGCUACUUAAGCUUGACAUUCUCUUGAGGGACUGGGCAACUCUCUGAAUCCAUGUGUUCAUGCGUGUGUGCGUGUGGAUACACUAAUAUUAAGAGCAAAGGCAGCCCUAAUGACUUGGUUUAUUUAAACUACUCAUAAAAAUAGUAAUACUUCAUGUUCAUAAUAAGUUAUCAGGAACAUCCACAGAUGUAUCACCAUGCCCUAACGGAAAGAUUUCAUCAUCAUCAUCCUCUGGCUACAGAAACAUUGUCUGCUGUUUCAUUAAAUGUCCUUGAAUGGUUGUGCAUAUCAUCUAUGCGAUGUGAAGCUCCCAAACCUUCAGGACUCAUUGCAGGAUUUGGUGUGGAUCCAUUUAUACUAAAAGGAGGUGAACAUUGAUAUUCCAGGUCGAAAUGCUUUACCAAUUUAACAAAUCUCAGCCAAAAGGAUCCUUCCGUAGAGAUAUUGUUUGAAGCUGGCCAGUGUAAACGAAGGCACCUGAACACAUGGAUCAAGAGGGAAGACAUGGAAGCCAGUCCUGUUAUGAUGAACAGGCCCCCAAAGCUGUACACACCAAGACUAGGGGAGUUUGAAGGGAUGAUUUCAGGACCUAGAUCUUCGCAUGGUAUUUGAGGUGCCAAGUACUUGCUCCUAAUUUCCUUCAUUUUUUCUUUAUCUUCAGUGACAUUCAAGAUUGCUCUUGACAUGUAAGGGACUAGGGGGGAUCCAAGCGGGAAGGCCUGAAUUAGCAAGAAAGCAGAAGAUUCCAUAGCACUCGUAAGAAAUUUCGAUAGCAUAAUGGAGUGAGUAGUUCAAGAAAUACACAGGCAUUCAUUCAAAGGCUGUGUUUGGGUGUUGAAGUAUCUUCAACACUUCUCAACACUUCUCACUACUAUUCAUUACUUUAUUAUUACUUUUCACCUA